UGGGCAACCUGUGAGGAGGCUGGUUCCAGACCUCAGUACCGUGGGACCAUGGCUGCGCAGGGCUUACGCGCGCAGAUGGACUCGCUCCUUCUGCAACUGCUCCGGGACCUGGAAGAACUGGAGGCGAAGCGGGCAGCACUGAACGCCCGGGUGGAGGAGGGCUGGUUCUCACUCUCCAAAGCUCGCUAUGCCAUGGGUGCCAAGUCUGUAGGUCCUCUGCAGUAUGCCUCCCGCAUGGAGCCUCAGGUCUGCGUCUACACCAGCGAGGCCCAGGACGGACUCCAGAAGGUCUGGGUGAUGAGAGCCAGCGCCCAGACUCCGGAAGAGGUGGGGCCCCGUGAGGCAGCUUUGCGCAGGCGCAAGGGUCUCUCCAGAACCCCAGAGCCAGAGUCCUCCCCAGCCCCCCGGGACCCUCUGAACUGGUUUGGAAUCCUAGUUCCACACAGUCUGCGUCAUGCCCAAGCCAGCUUCCGGGAAGGCCUGCAGCUGGCUGCAGACAUGGCCAGCCUUCAGAUCCGCAUUGACUGGGGUCGAAGCCAGCUCCGGGGGCUCCAGGAAAAACUCAAGCAGCUAGAGCCCGAGUCUACCUGACUUGUGACCAGAGGCUGGACAGUGAGCACAGCUGUUCUUUGGUGUAGCUACCUUAUCUCAGGCCUUCUUCCUUCACAGAUUGCCGCUGCCCCAACUAAUCCCCGUUCCUUAAAAUUUCUCUGGUUUGCAUGUUUCUAGCUUUGUUAGGUGUGAAAGUUUGAAGAGCCUCAUGAAUAUAUCAGCUGUGGUUUCUUUACAGGAUAAAAUACUGCACAGUUAGUGGCAGGGAAGGACAACAAAUAGGUGCUUCAGUUGCACUAAUUCUGAAAACUGAUUUUGGUGUAGGAAAAAAAGACAAACAUGGCUAACAAAUUAAGACAAAAUGAUUCCAUGUCAAUAAAAAACGUGAACACCUAAGUAGGUAGGUAGUCCUUGGCAGGUUUUAAGCCAGAAAGUCUAAAAGAUUUGACUUAGAUUUUCAAGGGAACUCAAGGAACUCUUCAUUUAUCUUUAUAGGAGUGAGACCAUGCUACGUUUAAUUUUUGAAGGGCCAAAUGUAUUUCCCGUGAUGGGAUCUGUGUCCUUGCUUCAUUAUCCUACUGGGUUGUUUUUUUAAAAGUUUGCUUGGGGAAAAUUAAUCCUUUGUUCAUAAUAUGAAAUGUAAAUAUUUUUCCCAAUUUCUCUUGUAACUUUGCUUAUGUUUUUUUUAAACUUCAUUUUAAAAUAAAAUGCAUUAACCUGCACAAAA